UCUAUGAAGCAUAUACAUCUUUUGAAAUCUCCUCAAUGACAUUGUUAAGUGGUCGCGUUGUGGCUUCGCCUUAGUUCGACAGACCGUUGGAAGUUGGAAAAUAUUUAGGUCAUCAUCACCCCGGGUAAACAUACAACUCUUAUCAUAGGACUUACAAACUGGAGAGAGACUCUGUUGCCUUCACCUAAAUGGUGAAAACUAAAAGUUUGUUUCGUAUAUACGGUGACAAGGUGUUCGAGAUGACAGAGGAAAGGGAUACCAUGCCGCGUUUCAGACCUGUUUUACAAGCCGCCUCUCCCUGAACGUGCAGCAUCACUCCAUCCUCGAGUUCCCUGAACUCCGCUGACUUAGUACCAGAAUGGCGCACUACCUACUGCUGACUGUUGGUUUUCUUGGAAUACUUCCUUGUACACUCUCUCAAACAAGCCAUUACACUGCAUCAUCUGCUGACAAACCCACGCCUGUUGAUCCAUCACUGGAAACACCUUCCUUUGUGGAAAUUAAUUCAUCUAGACAUUCUUCAGGAAAUACGUCAGACAGUUCCAAUCGCAGAAGACCACGGUGUCGAAUUUUCCCAAUGGUCGACGAUUUCGCGGAGUAUAUUCAAAAGGUAGAGACCGAGACAAGAGUUGUGUUGUUCGAGUUCACCCUGCACAUGUACAACUACACAAAAGACCCACUGUACAGUGACAUCAGCCACAACUACAAACCAUACCGCUGGUUUCGGACUCGUAGUCGUCACGGGAGAACGCUGCUUAUGCUGUCCUUUAACUACGACGUGUUGUCCAUGACGAUUCUCAAAAUUGGUGUCCAGAAGAUGGAUCUGAACAUCACGGACAGGCCGUUCGGCUGUUUCCGAGGACUCAGCCCGGAACAAAGAAUGCAGAAGAUAAGGAACAUCCUGGUGGGUAAAUUUGACGCUGCGCACGAUCCUAGAUACGGCUCCGACAGACGUAACUAUGCGUGCAAUCAGAUCAUCAAGAACGUCGACGGUUAUGCAGACUUCGUUUACAACUGCUGUCACAGGGCUCGGACAGGUGAAUUCCAGUGCACCGACGAGAGUGAUGACUUGUGGAUUUCUAUCCUGUACAUCUCCGUAAGCAUCGUCAAGGUCCUGGUCUUCUGUUUCUCUCCCUAUCUGCUGCCAGCAAAUAUGUACAGUGCCAUGUACGUGGCCGGGGAGUAUUUAGUGAAGCUGAAAAAAGAAAUAAAACUGAGUAUUUUUAUCACGGAACAACCAGACGUCCACGUGAAGUACAAGAAGCGCCUGACCCUGGAGGACAUUGCUGACUGGCGGAGGUUCCGUGAGGCAAUAGACAACAUGCCGCAGGACGAGAUAAUCCCAUUAAAGAUGAACGAGCUGAGGAUCACGGUGAAAGGGAAGAGGAUAAUACCCCAGAACGAGCCACCCACCGGACUGAUGAGGACGCUGUACGACAAUCUUUGUCGGUGUAAGAUAAAAGCUCUCAGUCCCUUUGACGACUGCUGCGACCGCAGCGUCUUUGCGUCGAUGGAGCCGAAGUUCAAGCAUCAGGUAACGUGGCACUCCUGCGUCCAGAUCUUGGUCAAGCUGAUCCUCUUGCUUCUCUUGCCCUUUCCGUAUUACAUACGGCUGUACGUCUACUACAAGUUCGAACACCAAGAGAUGCAGAUGCGGCACGAAGCAAUCGAUUCCUUGGGAAUGCAGCGCAAAUACCAUUUCUACAAAAACAACGUCAUUCAGUAUUACAGCCCGACUCACGCCGUGUUCAUUGCCACCUACUGUUUUUAUUUCCUAGCGGGAGUCGUACUGGGCUUCUCUGGCGAGUCUGUGAGAGAUAAGAUAAAACAGGUGACGAGAUGCUCGCUUCAGGACAUGGCGAACGUGUCUCAGGUCGGCGUCCUGCAGGUCAUUCUCAGAGUCGGACUGUGGCCGUUCAAAAAAUGUGGCCUGCUAGCGAUUCUCCUAGCACCAAUCUACAUCGUGAUCACGUCACCGUUCUCCAUGUUCCUGCUAGCCGUGUACUGCAUUCCAACGAUAUACCUGUCGUUCAGGCUGCUGUUCCAUUCCCGGAGACAGAUCGGCAGUGGGUAUAUGAUUGAGGAAGUGGAACGGAGAAAAAAAUUCAAAAAGAUUCAAGUCAUCGGUCAGAAACUCUCUGUCAUGGAUAAAACAGUCCACGGGCACGAAGUGCCGUCCGACGACGAGAGUUGUUUCCCAACCUCGCUGGGCUUCAGAGGAUGCUACGCCUUUCGGAUGCUCAUGCUGCAAGUGGUGUGUGGCGCAUUCUGCCUGUCAAUCCUAUAUUCAGUGGCACUGGUGGUUGCCGAGUCCUUUGGAUUGAUGAUCGAGGUCAUGGCGUUUACCAUGAUGGGAAUCAUUGUCAAUGCCAGCGCCACUCUCAAGUACGUCAGUAUGGUGUUGCUGGUUUUUGUGUACAUGCACGACUGUUACAACAAUGUGUAUAACACCUAUCUAGAUUUUAACAAAUCUGUUAUAGAUGAUAUGAUUGACAGAUCGGAGGAUUUGAAAAAAGUCGCCAGUUUGCCUUCUAGUAUGCAAGAGAAUGCGGCAUUUCAAGUCAAAACUGUUGACGAAGUUCCUCCAAUUAAAACUCAGCUCAAUUUUACUAAAAGGGAAAUUUCGUGGAAAGUUGGCCAUUUAUUGUUAUUCCUAGAUUCGUUUGACACUCCUAGAAUUCCACUUCGCUACUUUAAGAGGCUCUGUGAGGUUCAAGUUUAUGGAGCCCCUGGGCCAGUUUAUUUGAACCUUCUUCGUGCGACAGGGAAAUUUCUUGUUAUUGUAAUUUUCCUUUUGUUUGUGAUGAUAGUUGUGAUGGCAUUCGGAAGCGUAACGCGAAUGUCUUCAACAAACCAAACGUUAGCUACCAUGGCCGGAGGGUUCGUUCCUAUGCUGCUCAAAAACGUACUCUCGUCCAAGUCUGUAAAGCUGAGUCUGAAAACUAUCAGCUUUAAAGGGCAAAUUGACGAAAUAAUUUGUGAAUUUAAACAAAACUGGCCAGUGAAAGAUCUGGUAGUUGAACGGGACAUCCCAGAACCCGAGGAUCAGAAAGAGGAGGGUGAUGAAAAGGAAAAUGACAAAGAUGAGGGUGAAAAGGGUGAAAAGGGCAAAAAAGGCGAAAAAGACAAGAAAGCAAAUGCCGAAAAGGGUCCUGAUUCAUCUGAUAUAAGUAAGAGUAAGAAAGAAAAAUUGCCAAACGGUGAAAGCAGUUUGGAGAAAAGUGAUAAAGACAAAGGGGGAGGAAAAGGUAAAGAUUCCGAUAACAAGGACGAAAAGAAACAGGACGAAUCCCCGCCUAUCAGGGCCAUGCCGUCGAAACCCGGCGACGACGAAAACACCGUGGACAUUUUCAUUGACCUGAGCGCGGCAGACUCGGCGGCGUCGUGGUCCAUAUACGGAUCCAACGACAGUCUUCCGUCCACGUCAAUGAUGCCGGCGUAUUUUGACCCCAAUAAGGUCAUCACCACGUAUCCAGCCGGAAAUCCAGUUUGAGUGACCGUGUGUGUGUGUGUGUGUGUGUGUGUGUGUUGUGUGUGUGUGUGUGUGUGUGUGUUAUGUGUGUGUCUGUGUGUGUUGUGUUUGCCUGUGUGUGUGUGUGUGUGCGUGUGGACGUGUGUAUGUUGUAUAUGUGUGAUGUGUGUGUGUACAAAAUAUACUCCUCUUUACUGAUUAAUAACUUUAAACUGAUAAUAAUGUUCUGCACUUGAUAUUAUAUGGGUGGUAAAACUGACACAUAUGCAAGUCGAAUACCUUAGAAAUGGUGACAAAAUGAAAAUUGCAUGUCAAUUUUUAAAAUAUGUAAUGUCGGAGUGGCAUGAACUUAACAACAGUGCAUGUUUGGUGUACAGCGAGGACCACUGUGACUCUCUGUGAUGACAUGUUAGUCAAAUACAGGCAGCCUGUCAGAUGAUGGUUCGACUUAUUUUCGGUUGAAAGUCUCUGAUAAUACAGAUGACUCCCACGAUGUUUCAAAAUGGUCUUCAUUGAGCGUAACACAGCUAUCACUAAAGCAGCAGAUUAUUAAAUGUUUACUGAAAAAACAUUUGGGAGCAAAACGAAUAUUGAAAGAAUGUUAUCAAAGACAUUGGAUUAACCGAGGUAAGUGUUUGAACAGAACGGAACACAUUGAUACUCUUUUAAAAAACAUUUGGGAGCAAAACGAAUAUUGAAAGAAUGUUAUCAAAGACAUUGGAUUAACCGAGGUAAGUGUUUGAACAGAACGGGACACAUUGAUACUCUUUUAAAAAACAUUUGGGAGCAAAACGAAUAUUGAAAGAAUGUUAUCAAAGACAUUGGAUUAACCGAGGUAAGUGUUUGAACAGAACGGGACACAUUGAUACUCUUUUAGAAAACGUUUGUUUUGUUUAACGACACCACUAGAGCACAUUGAUUAAUUAAUCAUCGGCUAUUGGAUGUCAAACAUUUGGUAAUUUUGAUAUAUAUAUAUAGUCUUAAAGAGGAAACCCGCUACAU